CGAGGUGGUGGUGAGAGGGAGAGCUGGGGCUGGCGGAGCUGGUACGGGAGUCUGCUGCCGUCUCCCCCGGGCCGUGUCAGCGCGGUGAGCCCGGCCGGACGGCUCCCAGCAUAUCUUGGUACAGAAGACUGGACAUAAGGUGGAAAGGAUGAAAGGUUCAUUCUGAGGUUGACUCAUUGUUCCUUAGCCUUCCUGCCCCCCUUUGAAGGGGGAGACAAAAACCUAUGCUCAUAAGAGCCUCCCUAAAAGCGAGGAAGCUGGCAUUAGUGCUCCUUUCAGUCUGGCUGCAUGUUUAGUAUGCAGAUUGUGCCUCCUCACUAAUGAGAGGGAGAAUGGGAACCCAGGGAAGCCCUGUGAAGAGCUAUGAUUAUCUGCUCAAGUUCCUGUUGGUAGGAGACAGUGAUGUUGGGAAAGGAGAAAUCCUGGAGAGCCUUCAAGAUGGAGCAUCGGAAUCCCCUUACGCCUAUAGCAAUGGAAUUGACUACAAGACGACCACUAUCUUGCUGGAUGGCAGAAGGGUCAAAUUGGAACUCUGGGACACAUCUGGCCAGGGAAGGUUCUGCACCAUUUUCAGAUCCUACUCCAGAGGUGCUCAGGGAAUUCUCUUGGUGUAUGACAUCACUAACCGUUGGUCCUUCGAUGGGAUAGACCGCUGGAUAAAGGAAAUAGACGAGCAUGCUCCAGGUGUCCCCCGGAUUUUGGUUGGAAACAGGCUUCACCUAGCUUUCAAGCGACAGGUACCCACGGAGCAGGCCCGUUCCUACGCUGAGAAGAACUGCAUGACAUUCUUUGAGGUCAGCCCACUGUGCAACUUCAACGUGACCGAGUCCUUUACAGAGCUGUCUCGCAUCGUGCUAAUGCGGCAUGGCAUGGAGAAGAUCUGGAGACCUAACAGAGUGUUCAGCUUACAGGAUCUCUGCUGCCGUGCGAUAGUCUCCUGCACACCGGUCCACCUCAUUGACAAGCUGCCACUGCCUGUCACCAUCAAAAGCCACUUGAAAUCUUUCUCCAUGGCCAAUGGAAUGAACGCAGUGAUGAUGCACGGCCGGUCAUACUCCUUGGCUAGCAGUGGGGGCGGGAGCAGCAGCAAAGGUAACAGCUUGAAGAGAUCCAAAUCAAUCCGCCCACCGCAGAGCCCCCCACAGAACUGCUCACGCAACAACUGCAAGAUAUCUUAGCAAGACUGUAAUGCUGUGCGCUCCAAAUACACCCACCCACCGAUGUACAGAUGUUUGCACACGUAACCCUUUUCAAUAGGAUCCUUUUGAACGUUUCUGGGUCACUUUUUUGAUGACAUGCAUAGCUUUGGGAAACGAGUUCAGCUUAACGUUCAGACCAUCAUAUCGACUGGAUCCCACAUCGCUGGUAAAGGGGAUGGUGCCAAGUGAACCUUCAGGAAUGCUUUGGGAUUUUCCUCAGCCUGGGUGGAAAACUCAGCAGCUGCCGGCAUGGGGGAGGGACAAGCUCGUCCAGUCUUGACAGAGGAGGGGAUUUAGCAGAAGAUCAAGAGGCUUAUGGGGUGGUCAAGGGAGAAUCUGUGCUGCAACUGUAACUCUUGAACUCCCAGAUGCAUUGCUGGUGCGAUAGUGAACAGUGGACUUCUAAGAAUAAACGGGGCAUAAGAUGAUGGCAAAUUCUACCUGGACUUUAACCUGCCAUUGACAAAAAAGAGGCAAGAGUUGGCCAAUUGGGAAUCUGAAGGAAGCAGUCCUGCUUGCCUUUCACUUAUUUAUAUAAAAAUUAUAGAGAGAGAUCUCAGUUGUUUUUUUUUUUAAAGAAGCAGUCAGGGAAAAUUUUAUGCAGCCAUGUAAAUAGAAGCAUGGGACCUCUGUUUGCAAUGCACCAGUUAAGGGGGAGGAAAGGAGAGGGGGGAUUUUAAGGUGAAUAUCUACAAACACUUUGGGGGAAUUGUACAAGCAGGAUUGCUCUGGGUUUGUUUUAAAUACUAUCUAUGUGAAAGGAGAGAGCGAUAUGUAUGCUACACUCCGGAUCCUUCCUUUUCUGAACAUUCCUGGUAACAAGGGUGAGGGUCUAGGAGGGGGCUGGGAUUUAAAUGUAAUGGUGAGAGGGACAGAGGCUGAUUGUACUCUCACUUAAACUAAAACCCAAAUAGAGUUGCAGCUGUGAGGCUGCCCUGGCCUGCAGGAGCCUGAAGACAAAGAUUCUGUCAGACCAAAUAUGAGAGACCCAAAAGUCAGCUGGUACCAGGUUUAUUUUCCCAUGACAGGCAGCAUCUUCUCAUGUGAGGUUUGUUGAUCAGUGCUGGCCUUGAGGAGCUGCAGGCAUAGAAGUAAAACACUUCUGCUGGGACUGCAGUGGAGAGAGAAACACAGCUUGGUCACAAGCUACCCUUCUGGGGUCACUGUUCCUUCCCCCAUUCUCCCCAGUACUGCUAUUUAUCCCUCCCAUUCUUCUGGGCCAUAAGGUCAACCCACUAAUAGGCACGGAGACUUUGAGCAGGCCCUGAAUGCAAGGUCCUUUCUGCACCUGUAAAUACCCACUUCACCUUUCCAAGGAACAUCUAAUCUUCUAACAUUGCCCAUGGCUCCUCUUCUAGAUGGGGGCAGGAGAAGGGAGAACACACUUCACAUUGGAGUGUAGCAUAUUAGAACUGAUCAGGACUUGAGCACUAGUAGCCAUUCUAAGUGGUAUUAAAAUGCAGCCUUGCUAGUCUGGAGUUUGCCUGCAUUGGAUGAUCAAGACAGCCAUGAUUGCUGUUCAGUGGCAGGAAAACAUGAAAGCAAAUGCACUGGCUUGUUUUUAUUGUCACCUAGGUUUUCACAGCUUCUAGAGCAAGCAAUCUCUCUAACUGGCAAUGUGCUUGGCAUAGGCAUGUGAUGUUAGAGAAAUCCCAUCUAGGACAAUAGCAGCAGCUUCCCUUACUUAGUCCCAUAGCAGUAGGACUUUUAACUUUCCACUAGGGCUUCCAGCGGAGGUAGUGCCCAGUCCUUGUUAAGCUAGAGAGGCUGAUUACAGUUCAAUGCAAGUUCAGUCAUAGGUUAGUGA